AUGAACGUGGCUCACGUCUUUGCAACCCUUCUUCUUGUGCUCUGUUGUUCUUUUGCGCAGGGAGCAAACCUGUACCCAGCUUGUGAAGGCCGCGAGGUACACGGCUCUGUAGGCGCAGGUGGCGAGACAACCGUGCAUGUGGUGCCGCUCAAGGCAGAAAACCUGACACUGACAUGUCUCGCGUACGAGGUCACCAGCCUCAGGGGCGGCAUGAGCCGUCGUGGCUAUGACCCAUGCAGUGUGGAGCAUCAGACGGAAUUCCUUUACCGCCUCGUCAUCCGGGCCAAGUGGAAGAACAAGACCACAAAAGACGUCAUGAUGACGGAGUACGAUGUGAAGGACCUUGCCGGGGGAUCUAUCGGUGAUAUUGCUAUUCGCACACCAGGGGAAAGCGAGUUCUCCCUUGUGUUCAAGAAUCAAGCUUCACAUAGACGGUGCUCACUUCGGGUACGUGCUAUUAUGGAUUACAAGCUAAGCGCAAAGGAGGUUCAAAGCACUAAGUUGCCUGUGGUGGUUUCAGUGGUGCCUCGCACAGUGUACACCAGGCGCACAGAAACAACAAUGUUCUUCCUGAAGUACCCUGAAGGAACGGAUAUGAAGAAGGCUAGUAAAGAUAUUGUAGCCCUUUCGGACCUGGACAACGAAUGCGCAGACGGCAAGUUCAACGGACGUGUUAUGCGUCUUCCAUCAGUAAAGCAAGAUUCUUAUUUUGUGGGUAAAUCCUUUAUGGGGGAACGUGACUACUACUUCGAUCGUCCUGAAGCUUACCGCAUUUGCUACCGUGGAGAGGAUGAAACAACAAGUUCGGAACUGGCUGUCGUUCGGGUGUUUGACGGUAACCCGUCAUACUACCAGGUUGUCGAUGGUCAAGACGACGACGGCCGUGUACUUGUUGGCGUUACCACGACGAUCAAAUUUUACGGGUACGACCUUGACACACGGCCUGACGGUGAUCGGGCAAAGUUUGCGUACGACAGCGAGGAUUGUGCGACGGCAAGCCCGGCUGGUGGUGUGCCUGAAGCGACCGACCUUGGGCCAAGCGACGACUACGGUCCCAACACCACAUAUACACUGUGGACGUGGACCCUGCGGGAAGGCGGCGCCUUUAAGAUCUGCUACAAGCGUCGCGACGCGCACUGGACGGAGGUGCCGAGCAUCGCCGAUGUGGCGCCCACCCCCGCGCCGACCGCCGCACCAUCUAACGUCACGCAUGUCCCGCAGCCGACGGAUCCCGUGACGAAGAUUGACUGCCCCAUGGCGCCGGAGAGCACGCGGGAAGAGCCGUGGGUCGCCUACAAAAGCGUCAAGCUGACCUUGAAUGGGACCAGGGCGCCUGAGGGCUUCCUUCAAACAAUCAGUCGUGUAUUCUGUAUUCCGCGUGCGGCACUCGCUGUGACGCAUAUGACCCACGAUACCAAAGGACUUCAGGUGCUUUAUAUAUCUAUUGUUUGUGAGGACCUUGGUGAAGCGCGCCCGUGUGAUACAUUGGAGAGGCAGAACUACAUUGUAUCCCUCGGAAAGGAGAACUCGAGCAUCCUGAGUGAUAUUGCCAUCGUCUCUAUUGAGGGAAGCACGCAUAUGUUUGCGUUCGGAGAUGAUCCCAUUAUAAUCAGGAAUUACAAUGGACAUGUUAUGGCGAUCUCCAUCACAUGUAUUACAGUGCUCUUGAUAACCGCCAUGGGGGUUUACGGCGUGCUGAAGUAUCGUGAAAACCGCCAGUAUUUCAUUCAAUUUGGCGCGGACGACGAGGAUGUGGGAGAUAUGUACGCCAUCAGUGGCUCAGUGAAGGGAGGCGAUGAAUACCGUCGGCCUGUCAAGGAUUCCGUAAUUGAAGUCGAAGAGUAA